GAAACUGUACAUACUAACAAUUUCAUUUUGACUCCAGAUAGCCAGAGGGGAAACAUCUGAAACUUUGUGUAAGGGUGAUUUUCCUGUUUGAGAGCCAGGACUCAUGAAGCACAGAUGAAGACAUGAAGGGACCAGUCUUCUCUCUGUUGGCACUUGUCAUAACCUCAGUGCUGCUAACCCCAUCACCUGGUGACGGCAGCACAGUGUCUCCAGUGAGGGACUUCUCAGCCGUUUUGGGUCAAAGCGUGACAUUACGCUGUCCAGGAAACCUCAGUGUCCCUAUUAUACGUUUGUACAUACAGAGAAAACAAACAAAUGUUUUCAUCAAUGGAUUUGAUGACCAGUAUCUGCUUAAAGUGCAUCCUGAGUACAGGAACAGAACCAAAGUUAACAGAACGGACCUCAGCAUGAAGAUGAGCAACAUCUCUAUUUCAGAUGAAGGAUCAUACAUGUGCGUCAUUUUUUACUCAAGAACAUCCAAAGAGGAGCCUGUCAUCAACCUGAAAGUCACAGCUGAGUACAGCGUUCCCACUGUGAAGGCAGAAUGUGGCGAGCGUAUCCACAGCAAUGGCCCUGCGACUGGUGGGAAGAGCUGUCAGUUAAGCUGCUCGUCGACUGGCGGUUACCCUCUGAGUGUGGUGGAAUGGCCAGUCCUUCAUCAAAGUCUGAUACGAAACAUCGAAAACAAGAGUUCUGAAGAUCCACACUACAAAACAUGGACCAUCAACCAAACCAUCAUGUACUCCUGCGACAAACCCACCAAUGUUAGCUGUUCCAUAGGGAGUGCUGUUUCCCACCCAAUUACCAUAUGUCAAGAGGAUUCAUUUCCUCUUAGGGUGAUUGCUGCGACUGCUGUCGUAAUGGCUUUUGUCCUGAUUUUAAUUCUUGGUUUGGUGUUAAUGAAGUGCUGUCGCAGGAGACUACGUCCCAGACCAGAGGAUCCUGCGCUUGAAGUCCCAUUAGCGUAGCGACUGCCAUUCGCAGCCUCAGAACAGCUGAGAUGUGACAACUCAAUCUUGAGCAAAAAAUGAACAGAUUUUCCAUCAUUCUGCCAACGCGGAGGCGGCUACAACACCACCCAGAGCUUGGGUGGAAGAGUGGCAUGCUGUGCCCGCAGCGAGGAGGCAGUUUGUGUGACUUUAAAAACUGGCCAUUGUACCAGCCCUUUACCAGCAGUCCUUGACGGACACCUGCAGAGAACACUGAUGGACACGUUGCUGCAAAUGUCCCUACCUUUUCAUAAUAAUUUAUUUGGCAGAGUAGGUAUUUUCCGAAGCAUACAGAAGUUACAUACUGUUUGGGGACAAUAUGUUGGAUGUGAUCAAAUCAGAUUUUUUUAACGGUGCUUUCAAAGAAAAAAAAUUAUUGAACUUAUCCAGAUUAGUUCUGUCUAUGUAUGCUCCACAAUAUACAGCAUAUAUAGGCUGUAUGUGCCAAAUUGUGCCACUUUAUUCCAAAGAAAGGGAAUGUUUAAAUUGAAAACCGUUCCAAAUGGUUAACUAAGGUGAAUAUUGUAAUUCAGGUUAGGUUGAUAUGUUUAUUAAAGUAACCAACAUGUUAUAUAAGUGUUUUUUUCUUAACUUUAGAGUAUCAUGUUGGAAGUGACACUGUUCAUUUUGAAGGGACUUUCAUUUGCUUCAAGAAGCCAAUUCAUUGUGUAGUUAUUAAUGCUUUAUUUUUCAAAGCUUGUUCUCAGCUAAAGCACAAAAACUGUAUUCCAUAGUAACAGAAAUUGCUCGACAAAUGCAGCGAGAUUUAUUACACUGUUUUGCUGGUAUGUUGGCCGUAUGGCCUCUUAAAGAGCUCAUGUCUCAUCACUGUAUACUAAAGAAACCCACAAAUGUAUGUGGUGCAUCGGUCUGUUUAUGUGUACAGUAUUGACUCUUUCACAUGUCUUAAACCGUCUCUAAGUACUGACAUCUAUACAAACAGCUGUUUUAGCAUUCUAGAUUAUUUUGUGGUAUAAUUGUUCUCAGGGUGAGCAUUUUAGGAUGUUUCAUUUCCUAUUAAAAUGAAAUCUGUUUCCUAAUGGAAAUGUCUAAUGCACUUUGCUUUCUUACUGCUUGAAAAUGUCCCUAUUGUUUACUCUGUAAUUUAUGAAUACUGUAACUUAUUUCUGUGUUUUCACAAAAAGAAGCUCAAAUAAAGAAACAAUUCUGAU